GUUCACACUGUCGUUUGCGGAGAGAAAAAAUCGUCUUAGUCCACUGUAUGAUGCCUGCUAGCGCAUACACGGAACGGAUCGUCUGUCGGUGUUUUGGAAUAUGAUUACACCUACGUUUUUUGUGGGGAUGUGUUGUGUUAUUAUUAGUGUAGAGCUACGAUACAGUGUGUGGAGAAAUACAUUUAAUCAAGCUGUAGCUGUCGAUAGUUGCUGUAGUGUUGACAUUGGCAAAACACCUUCCCGUUUGAACUAACGUGUGUCCUGUGUUAAUCACCUUCGCACAAAUGAUUUCCCUCUUUGAGUCGAAGCAGUGGGGGACAAAUAGCCUAAUUGGAUUACCAGGUCAGUGGAAUGUGUGUACAGCUAUAAUAUCAAGUCUAUCACAAGUUGGAAAGACCACAGCAUAUUUAAAGGGACAGGCCAAGGUUCAAGUGGCUGUUACCUAUAUGGUGUAAAAACAGCACUGGGUGUUUUCGCGGACCGUUAAUAGAGAAAUUGAAAGGGAUUGUUGUUUAGCCUGGGUCGGUCGCUCGUGUAUUGCAUUAGUGGAGGGCGGGAGUCGAGUACGUUUCAUUGGUCCACAAGCUAUCCUAUGUCCAGACGUUGGAGCCUCUCUGGGUCAUGGCAGGUCAGCCAGUGAUUGAUUAAGUCACGGAUCGAUAUUAUUGAUCUCCAGUACUGGAUUAUCGUGACUGGCUGACGGGGUAGAACCGGGGCGGACCGAGAGCUCGCCGAUCAUACCCACGUGUCUUGUUGACAACAGUGUGUGUAGGACACAUCCAACUUGGUGUGAGCUGUCACACUGCUGGUCUCUCGGCCUUGGAGGUCGGAGUUGGAAUACUUCCGUAAUUGUUCAAUUGUUUCCAUCAUAUAUUUACUGCCUCAGCUGUUGUUAGCAACCUCACCUGGAAUACCUUGUCUGCAGCAGCGAAUUAAGAUGUCUCACCCGUCGUCUGUGAAUUGACUGAGCGAGCAGACGACCUUUUUCUGGAAGAGUGGAAAUUGACGUUGUGGGGACACCCGAGGUUACUCGGCGUGGGUUUUCUGUACUGGAUUUGUUUGAUGCAUUUCAAUUUAACGCUGACACGAGCUGACGACGGCAUAAUUCGGCGCCCGGAUACAUUGAUAUAAAUGUCAUAGCUGAAAAAACAUGUCAACAUCAUUCCACAGUAUCGCGGACACCAUGACAGCCCAGUACAGGAUAAUCAGCUAUUAUUUGCUGUUGACACUACUCAUUGUCCUGCUGCAUGAGACAAGUCAACAACAGCAGGAGGAUGCCUCUGAAGCCAGCAAGAGAUGGGGACCUUGGACGGACUGGUCAGCCUGCUCGGUGUCCUGUGGUCAAGGAAUUAGAUACAGGAAGAGGCUGUGUCACCAUCUGGGCAGGCAGUCAUCAGGUUCACCCAAAUCCUCGUGUGAUGGACCAGAUAAACAGUAUAAAGUUUGCAAACAUAACUGUACAGGACAUUAUAAAGACCAUAGGACCACAGAGUGUGAAAAAUACAAUGGACGAUACUACGGAGGGAAAAGAUAUUACUGGGAUGCAUUUAUUAAUCCCUACAGUCGGUGUGAACUAGCCUGCAAGGCCAAGGGUCCGGUCAGAUACUACUCCCGCUUCCAGGAAACUGUAGAAGAUGGAACGCCGUGUAAAAUGGACCAGGAAGCCAUCUGUAUACAGGGCCGAUGUCUGGACAUUGGGUGUGAUGGCAUCGCAGGGUCCGGAUCCAGUGUGGACCAGUGUGGCAUCUGCGGCGGUGACGGCAAGUCAUGCCAGAUCAUCUCCGGCAUCUUCACACGACGACAGCUGGACAAGUACGGCUACAACGUCAUCACCAAGAUCCCAUCCGGGGCCUGCAGUAUCAACAUCACUGAGCUGGCCAAGAGCCGGAAUUACCUCGCUCUGAAGAUUGGAGGAGAGAAUGGGCUGUACUUCCUCAAUGGCAACCGGCGCCUCACUCCAUCUGGUGUUGUACGUGGUGCAGGGACAACCUUCCGAUAUGGCCGAAGUCAGAGCCGCCAUUGUCCGGGAGAGUGCUUGUUUGCCGAUGGCCCAACAACUCAAGAAAUCGAAGUGCAGCUUCUGUACUACCACCACAACCCGGGGAUUGUGUACCACUUCACGAUACCCAAACACAAGAUGGGAGUCAGGAUGGCUCAGUCCAGUCAUGAGGAAGCAGCUGACACACGCCCUUCUCCCCGUCAAGGACAUCAGCACCAUAGUGGUCGCCAGGGCAACCAUGGUCACCGUAAUAGAAAUGGUCACCAUGGCAACAAGCAUCAUACACCUACAACGACUGCUGCUCCAAGUCCGAGUUUGAAUCCUGGUGAGCUGAACAGACAACAAGGGGAUAUGCAUGUAUCCCAGGAGAGACAUCGUAACAGGCACAGACUCGUGUCUCGGCAUCAGGGCGCAGGGGGAGAUAGCAGUAGAAUACAACAUGGCCAGUCUCCACGAUAUAUUCCAGCAUAUGACCGGAAUAAACAGCUCCGACUGAGCAGCAGAAGAAGAAUUAUUGCCAGAACAUACCCAGACAAUCAGAGGCAACCUGUGAGAUCAGCCUAUGCCAAUAGACACUCUAACGGACAGUAUCAAUUGAACUCAAAUCAAAACUAUGCAUCCAGAAGGCAAGACCAGGGUUCAGCCAAUCCCACCCAGAGCAGGUCUUCCCCAUCUCGCACAUCAUGGGGAACGUCCACAGACCAGAGAGCCAAUCAAAGAUCUUAUUCAAACAGACCUCAACAUGAGAAGACCAGUGACAGGAGAGCAUACACCUCCUCGGUGAGAUCCUCCCAAACACUGAAGUACCCGAGCAACACCUACAGAUCCCAGACUGACCCCAGCUACCGGGGCAACUCCCGCGGCAACUCCCAGGGCAACCGUCUGGCCAACCCCAACUACCUCAGUUCAGCCGUCAGUAGCAGUCGAAGUUACAACAACAUUCAGCAGAUUCCCAAUGACGGCACAGCGAGUAGGGAGGUGUAUGCAUGGAAGAUUUCUGGGUUCUCCGACUGCUCCAGGACAUGCGGAGGAGGUGUCCAGGAAACUGAGAUUGUGUGUGUGAAGAGGAGUUCAGGAUUUGUGGUGACGGAGGAGAAUUGUGACCCCAAAGGCAUUCCCCAGAGACAGAGAGUCACCUGCAACAACCACCCAUGUCCACCAGGCUGGGAGCCUGCAGAGUGGACAGAGUGCAGCUCAACCUGUGGGAAGGGGAUUCAAACUCGGACUGUAGAGUGCAACAGGAGGAUCUCGCCGACCUUCACCAUGAGCGUGUCGGCCAACCUGUGUCUCACCGUGCCGAGACCGGCUGUAUCUCGCAUGUGUGAAAAUACACCCUGUGCCGAGUGGAAGAUUGGGAAAUGGGAAAAGUGUUCUACCGAGUGUGGUCACGGGGAGAGGAAGAGGACCGUGACCUGCAUGUCCGUGGAGGGGAGCCCGGCAGCUGACCGGCAGUGCGGACACCCCAGGCCGGACAGCACGGAGAUCUGUGACAUGGGGUCGUGUGCUCGAGGAUGGUACCACACCAAGUGGUCUGCCCAGUGUACAACCGAGUGCGGCACCGGACAUUACAAGAGGAAGACCUACUGUUCCGCAGACGAUGGAAGCUAUCUGCCAGAGACUAAAUGUUCCUCAGAAAAGAGGCCUCGCACCAAGAAGGCCUGUAAAGACAACCCACCUUGUGGUGGGCGAUGGUUUGCUGGACCCUGGACACAGUGUAACGCGACCUGUGGGAAUGCAUUCAAGAAGAGGGACGUGGUGUGCAUGAAGAAACUAGGCACCAAGCUGCACACUAUUGUGUCAGAAGUCAACUGUGUGGCUGAACAACGACCAGUCAGUGAACAGGCCUGCCAGGAAUUAUCGCCAUGCCAACCAGAGUGGUACAUGACGCCAUGGGGACAGUGUUCAGCCAGCUGUGGUACCGGGGUGAAGACCCGAGAGGUCAAGUGCCUGGACGACAACCUCCAGUCCAGCCCAGAGUGUCCGGGGUCCCUACGACCCAACGAGAGACAAGCCUGCAACAAGCACUCCUGUAGAGCUCAGAAACCCUCGGCCAUCACCUCGGCCAACAUACACAUUCAGAAGGAUGCAGGAGGCGCUGGUGACUGCCAAGACCACGACACAAUCCGAUGUCUCUACGUGAAGCAGUCACGACUAUGCAAAUACCCUUUCUACAAACAGAUGUGUUGCAAGUCGUGUCAUGACUACGUGUCUGGGAAACACCACUAGUCAGAGGAACAUCAGACCAUGUCCAGUACCUGUUCUCUGGGACUAAACUGUCAGGUGUACAAAAUGAUACAGCAGAAGAAGUUUGUGAUAAUUAUUUCUUCUCCUGAAUAUUGUCCAGUUGCUAGAUUUAUAAAAUCUGGUCCAACUGAAACUGCCAUAAAAUGGAAUAAUUUGAUGCAGUUCACAAGAAGUGAAUAUCGUCUUUGUGGAUGAGUGGAUGACCAUACAUCUCAGUCAUGAGUUAGGAGUAUGUUACCAUGGCAACACGUGACUGUGCUGUGAGACAGCUCCAGGUUUUUAGCGGGAAAUGGAAGACGUAUCAAUUAGCAACAGUUACUUUUACACUGAACGACAAAUCAACUAGCAACUACUUAUAAAGAGGUUGAUGCUAGACUAUAUACAAAUGAAAAUAUGAAUGAAAAAUAUGUUUGUAUUUUGUAUUUAAACUCUGAUACAUAAGCAUUUAUUUGUACAUUUGUGUCCCUGUAUUAGCGAAGAUGGGAUGUGCCUCAUACUGGAAGAUUCCAUUAUGAAGAAAAUACUAUAUUUCAGUAAUAGAACCUUCCUAUUAUGCCAGAAAUACUUUGUCUGAAACUUGUUAUGAUCUAUAAACCACAUACCCCUUCUUGGAAUGGAACCGUCAGCAUUGAAGCAACUCUGAAUGGAACACAUGACACUGAAGAGUCUGUUGUUUCUGUGAAGGGAACAUUGAAGAGUCUGUUGUUUCUGUGAAUGGAACAUUGAAGAGUCUGUUGUUUCUGUGAAGGGAACAUUGAAGUGUCUGUUGUUUUUUAAAAUGGAACACGGGACAUUGAAGAGCCUACUGUUUCAGUGCAUAGAACACACUACGUUGGAAGAGUCUGCUGUUUCUGUGAACGUAACACGCCACAUUGCUGUUUCUGAGCAUGAAACAAUCAUACGUCUGUGAAUGGAACUGUCCAUCUUGGCAGAAUCUAUACUCCCUGCUUGUGAAUGGAAUAGUCCAUGUAGUCAUUGUGAAGCAAAAAAGCCUUCAGCGGAAGGCUACUUCAUCUGUCUAUCUUGAAAUUUUACUUACAAUGAAUUUCUAUUGUUUGUAAAUUCAAAACUAUAUGUGAGUUUACAAUUUGGCCAGAAAAUAAUAAAGUCAACUUAAUCAAGGCUGACUGUUUUUAGGUUUCACCCUGUUUCACAUAUAAUUAUCCUCUCCAGGCUAAUGUUCAUGGCUGGGACAUCUCAGUAUAAGACAGCUAGUUUGUGAGUGGGACGUGAUGUGCUGUGUUUCCUCCAUGUGUCCUUGAUGGCCAACUUGUGGUGCUGACAAAAGGAGGAUCUGCCUGGAAGCCAGGGCCAUGUGUAUAUAUACAGCUGUAUUAAUGGAUCCAUGAAGCCGUAGGAUGUCCACACUAGAUACGCCUGACCUGGACCUCAUCAGCCCAGCCUUUGAGAGUAAAGAAGCAGACUCAACACUUCAUGAUUCAGAGACUUCUCCAAGGGCAAUGUCAUCUGUUUAUGAUUUGUCAUCAUUCAGUUUCUUUGAUGUAAACCUUCCAGUUGGAGCUGAGUUCAUAACAAAGUCUGGGUGUAGGGGUGGCCAAGUCUGCAAGGUGAUGCAAUUUGCUAUGCAGAGUUACAUCCCAUAGGCUUGUGUAAAUCCUACAAUUGUGGGUUUGAAUCCCAGAUUUCCCCUGAUUGUAAUUCUUGAUUUGUCUGCAUCAUACUUUUGCUCAUGGGUUUCAUGAGUGGUAAAAGUCUGAAGACCUGCUUUCCUCCCACAUUAUUAAACAGGAAUACUGUUCAAAGCAGUGUGAGACCACAUUCACUCCAGUAAAGUGAAUUGUGAGGCUGCCAACCCUCUCUUGGAUUCGGCGUCUAAUAAGAGGGUAUUCGGGUCUCAGCAUUGAGGUACACAGAGGCACAAACGAAAUUGUAUUUGGUACGCAUUUCUUUUUUUUAAAUAAUGGCGUAUGUAAAAAAUAUCCUCUAUAUAUUUUAUUAUUUCAAUAUUGUUUGACUAAUUUAUCUUCAAAUCGCACCCUUUCUCCAUUCCCUUCUAGAUUUGUAUUGAGUAGUGUUUGGAAUUCAGGUGUGAAAAAUGAUACUCUGAGUAAACGAUGUACACUGGACAGUUUCCUCAGUGAACAAGACAAAGACGUACCUCCAAGAAAGUCAUGUGGUCUGAGGGAUGGUCAUACAAGUCAGCAUGAUACACACGAUCCUCCAGCUUUAAGGUCGGAUAUUUUAUAGCAGAAACGUAUGGGACUGGAAGUUCCAUCACAAAUAUGCUGUCUUGACUAUAUGUUGCGGCAUUCAUCAGUGUUCAAAGUCCAUGUUUUAUCACAUUGAAUGUCUUUUUGCAUAACCAUGUGAUCAGUGCCAGCAGUGUGCUGUCCAUACUGAAACACAACGCCUGAAACUGACCUGCUGUCUGAAGCCACACUGAGAGUUAUGUCCCUUAGUGUUUGUAUUUGCACAAAAACGAAACAGACUCAUCAAGAUCAGGUCUUUCAAAGUUCUGAUUUUGAUAAGAUUGAAACAUGAUGGUUCUUAUUCCAGCCUGGUAUUUCUUUAUUAUUCUGUAGCAGAUGAAGUAUGUAUCUCUGUUAAAACUGUAACUAUAGAUGUUUGAAAUAUGUUUUCACUGAUACGGGUAGUUAGUGCCUUAUCAUUCAAUCUACAAGCCAAGAUCUCUUCACAACGGUCCAGUUUGUAGUGUAAUGAGGCAAAAAACAGAAUUCCUCCAAAUCCUCUACCUCAAUUACAUCACUGCCAUAAGUCCUGUAUUGAGGCUGCAAACACACAAAACUAGUCUUCAGAAGUUUUAACAGAAGUUUUUAUUCACUGUCAUCUACACACAACUAGUUGUCGUGACAAUAGUGAUAGCAGCCAAAAUACAGGAAUUAUGGCAAUGAUGUAAUAGAGGUAGUAUUCUUAGAAUUAUUAACAAUGACGUCUAUUGUUCCUAUAAUACAGCAAUGAAAAGGAGGACUAUUCCUUCAGCAAACCAAUGUGUGCCAUGAAGGAGUCUCAUCUCUUUGCUUUGAAAUUUGAAUUUUUAUUCGCUUUAAUUAACUUAAUAUUCAAAUAUUUGUGUUUUAAAGAAGUAUUUUGCUUUUAAUGAUCAUAAUGCUUCUGUGUUCACCAUCGCAGACAGUUCUCUUUCUUGUGAGACAAAUGGUUUUCAACAAUACUACUUCAUGUAUUGGUGUGUUGAUGACUUCAUUAUACUACUCAAAAGAAGUUAAAGAACACCCGAUUCUUUCAUAUGACUAAAGUUACUCUGUCAGGCCAUGAAAGAUUAACUAUAGCAACAUGAACAAACCUGGUGUUCUUUAACUUCUUUUGAGAAGUAUAUGCAGCCACUUGUUGACGACAGGACUACAGGAUUGACAGAAUUUGAAAUAUUCAAAACAAUUCUCACUUUUUAUCGGGUUUAUGUUGUUUUUUCGUAAACCAUACAAUGCAUAUUAAUAGCAGUAGCAGGGAGAUACAGUAGGACGUCAUUGCUGACUCCAGCUGUUGUGCAUACAUGUUGUUGCGUCACUAGGCAGUUAGUUAUGUUUUCCUUCUGUGUUUGCUGUACAAGAUAUAUUUACACAUCGGAAAAACAUGGGCAUGAAGAAACAUGAAAUCCUUUUCUCUUCUUGACUUAUUGACGACAAUCAUCAUUGUGGUAUAGCCUUUACAUGCUCCAGCGUGUUUCCUCAUUAAAGCAUUCAAUCAAAUUAAUUUGAAUUCUUAUGGCCGGGGUAUCAAAUGAUGUUGGAUGAAGCUUAUUGUAUAUUGAGCCUUGUCAUUUUAGCAGAUGAUGGAUGGGUUUUUUCUGAGAUUGUUUCCAAUAAAUGGCAAUUAAUCAAAAUGGCAGAGUAGUAAAAGAGUACCUUAACCAUUCCAAGUAGUUUCUGAAAGUCUCUGCCCAUGUUAGAAACUUGCUCUUACAUCUGUUGACAAUAGGUUCCUUAUCUCAUGAAGAAAGUUCUACACAAACAAUGAUGCCCUCUGACAAUGUUUCAAAAUAUCAUGUCAACUUAAGCUUAUUGGGACUUCCUGAACACUGAAGCCAGCUUGACAUUUGCAGUUAGUUCUUCUGCCGAUGUUUUAGAUGUUUCUAAGCCAAACAUUUUUAAUCAUGUCAUGAAUGGUGGAAGUUAUAAAAAGUGUCUUUGAACAAUGUCAGUUUAAAAGAAAUAAAUUUGUUUAGGGUUAGGUGUCCAGGGACAAAACAUAACAGAGUGAAAGCCAUUUUUCAAAUAAUUAAGCCCCCUGUGAAACAGGAACCGCUUGAUGUGUAUGGCCGAAUCAGUCGGUGGCCCUUGCAUCUGUGUUUCAUGGAUCUCACUACACAUGUUGGAAAUGCAUGUACUCCAUUACAAUUCAACGAUUUAAAUUAGCUGUUAUUUGUUUUUUUAGUUUAUUUAUCAUACUUUGAUAAACCAUGAAAUUACAACUUGAUAACUUAAUCUUUUCAUUUUAUUUUUGGAAAUACCUUCAAUAUCAAUUUUAUUGUCAAUGUUAACUGUCACUCACGAAUCUGGCUUCAGAAGAUCAAGGUCAAUGCUUUUUGUCAAUAAGACUUUAAAAUAUCCUAAUGACGGUUGCAGAGGAUGGAGCCUCCAGUGGUAAUUCAAAUAAAAUCUGUCAUCUUGUAAACGUUUAUUAACUCCUGAUGAAACAUGGAUACAUGCAGCUAGAAACAUCCAUCAGUCUGGUUCAGGUUCAUGGAUUGAUUUCAGGGUCGAGCGCACGUGGUUCUCGCCGGUUACAAUGUCGAUCAACCCAGUCACUCUCGCAUACACACCGGAGGUUCUAAAGUCAUUAAGCAAAAACUUGGGAAUGUUUACGGAACGAAACUGGUCAGGAAGAAUAGGAUUGCUUUACCUAAUGUACUUUCUCACAAUGACGGUUGAGGUGCAAAUGAACAUUGAUUUGAAUCAAGUGUUAAAUAUCGACUGCAGACCCAUUUCCAUGGUCUAGUCCCCCAGAUGAAGUCUAGAUGUUGUAAUUGGUGCAUCAUUAGGGCAAUCAGUCAUUACGAGAUGGAUAUACUUUCUAACUUUGAACUUACACACAGAAUGGGUUGAAUGAUUUCGAUGAAUCUGCUAUGAUUACUAAUCAAUCUAGGCCCCGUUUGACAAGUCUAUGUUAACAUAUGAGAGUUACGAUCACUUUGUGGAGUGGGGCCCUGAAUUGAACUGAACCCAUCAGACCUGUUUGGCCGAUUUUCAAAUGGCUUGAGUGCUGAUAUUUUAUACAUAUUCAGGGAGGGUCAUAUGUGUUUGAGUUACUACAUAAAGUCAAUUUGAAGAACAAAGUUUUGAGGAAUUCAGGAAAAGGAAGCAAUGGGACUGCUUCCAUUUUUGCUUACCAAAGUGCCAGUGUAUUAUUUUCUACAUUGGUCAUUAAUGAUAGCUUUGGCCUUACUUAAUACAGAAGGGAAAGAGUUUAUACACUGUCUACAGGAUCUUGUACUUAAAAUGUUCAGUGACUCUCAGUUCUCAAGUAUAAUUCGAAAGGUGCUAAAUCAUCAAAUAUUGCAUGUUACAAGAAAUACAUACAUGUACACUUUGUAAACUAUAUAUUUUAUGUAUCUUCACAAGUUAUACCACUGUCUAUUUGUUAGAAUGAAAUAUUCAGUGAAAUAGUGUAUCUUGAUUAAAUAUUGUACUUAUUGCUGAAAAUAUUUUUUUACAGAAAAUAUUAGAAUUGUUUGAUAUUGAGACUGUGAAUUCUUACAGAUUGUCUCUAUACUAAGAAACAAAAUAUUUUUUGUAUCAGUCUUUUCAGCAUUGUAAAAAUGUUUUACUUGAAGAAUAUCAAUGUAAUGUAUACGUAGUUGUGUUUGUAUCAGCUUCUUGAUUAAGGGGGUAGAGUGAAUCUGGUGCGACUCGAACAGAAUUAAGAAACUUUAGAUAUGUAGAGCUGUAUGUAAAUUGUUUUGUGCAGAUCACUGUGUUGUCAAGUAGACCUCAUAAAUCAAAAGUAGGGAAUGACAAAAAUGCUGUUAGGAUCUUACAAUUUAACUGGCCCACCAUGGGUAUAAGACUGGAAGAGUUACCUCCCUUACAUCAAGAGAGAGGCUUGUUUUCUUUCUUGAUCAGUGACAUGAUCUUUCAGUCAGCAGAGUAGAUAAAUAUUAAGUAAAUACUUGACAAGUGUGAUGAAGAAUGCCAGAGUGAAUUUAUCAUAAGGAAGGAAUAUUUAAUUUUUUUAUGAAAUUUGUUUUGUAUUCAUAUUACUGGUAGUUAAGAUUUCAAAAUGUGCACUUAAAAUUUUCAAUUACCUACCACAGUUUUGCUGUUAUUAUUUUAUCUUUCUCUCAGUAUCAUGUUUUUCCAGUAGUGUUUCAUGAAAAUGUUUAUAUAUUUGAAGAACCUACAGUACUGAUUCAGUGGUGAGAAAUGUGUUGUGUGAUGUAGAUGUGUGUCUGUGAGUUAGGGUAUAUGGUAUAAAUAUUCAUGUGUAUGUUGUCAGCAGGUGCCUCUGUGUAAUUAUGAUGUAAGCUAAUAAAGCUUUGCUAAUUAUA